UGGACCGCGACGCACGUCGUCCUCGUCUACGUGCGUCAGGCGACUCGCAUGCACGAGCGCUGCAACCUCUUGACCGAGGUCCUGUUCAACGACGCCGUCAAGGCCGCCCUCGACCUCGACGCCCACUAUGACAAGACGGGCGAGCUGGUCGGCCCGCUACACGGCGUGCCCGUCUCGAUCAAGGACCAGGUCGACAUCGCCGGCGGCCACGACUCGACCAUGGGCUUGACCCACAUGAUCAACCGCCCUGCGCCCGCCGACGCGACCCUGAUCCGCAUCAUUCGCGACGCCGGCGGGAUCCCGUUUGUCAAGACCAACGUGCCGCAGACGAUGCUCUCGUUCGAGUGCAGCAACCCGCUCUUUGGGCGGUCGGGCAACCCGCACAACCCGGAGCGCAUCACGGGCGGCAGCUCGGGCGGCGAGGGCGGCCUCCUCGGCGGCGAUGGGUCCGUCAUCGGCAUCGGCAGCGACAUCGGCGGCUCGCUCCGCAUCCCGGCCCACUUCUCGGGCUGCUACUCGAUCAAGCCCUGCGCCGGCCGCAUCUCGUCGACGGGCUGCCGCACCUUCAACGCCGGCUUUUCAGCGAUCCGGACGAGCAUGGGACCGAUGGCGCGCUCGGUGUCUGACCUCGAGCUCAUGCUCCGCGUCCAGCUCGACGCCGCGCCAACCCUCGCCGCCACCGAGGACGUCCUCCCGAUCCCGUACCGCGACGUCAAGCUCGAGAAGAAGAACAAGCUCCGGUUCGGCUUCUUCACCCAGGACAAGUUCUGCCGCACGAGCCCGGCGUGCGAGCGCGCCGUGCGCGAGACGGUCGAGGCGCUCCGGCGCGAGGGCCACGAAUGCGUCGAGUUUGAGCCGCCGAGCGCGGUCGAGGCCAUGGAGCUCUUUGUCGCCCUGACGUCCGCCGGUCGGUACGAGACGCUCCUGUCGCACCUCGAGGGCGACCCGCUCGAGAGCAGCCUGUUCCUCGCGACGAUCGGGCCCAAGUUGCCCUGGUUCGUGCGCUCGGCCCUCGCGUGGCUCGUCGACAACGUCGUCGGCGACAUCCAGUUUGGCCGCCUCCUCCGUGCGAGCAAGGGCAGGAGCGUCAAGGAGAUGCAGGAGUGGCAGUACCGGCGGGACCAGUACGUCGACGCGACGCGCAAGCUCCUGUGGUCGCACCACGCUUUUGACGCCGUCCUGUGCCCGCCGCAAGCGACGCCGGCCCUCAAGCACGGCGAGACGUCGUACCUGUCGCCGCUCGCGCUCGCGACGAUCCAGUGGAACGUCGUCGACUCGACCGUCGGCCUCGUGCCCGUCACGCGCGUCGACCCGAUCCUCGACACGGUCGACGAGGCGUUCCUGCGCAGGCUCGAGCAAGAGCCCGGCAGCUCGCUCGUCGAGAAGAGGGUCUAUGGGUCGGGCGGCGUGUACGACGCGCUCGACAUGGCUGGGUUGCCCGUCGGCGUGCAGGUCGUCGGCCGCAAGUACGACGAGGAGCGCGUCAUCGAGCUCAUGAAGGUGGUCGACGCAGCUCUCGGGCCGCGAGGGUUCGCGCCGGGCGAUUUCGCGGCGAGGGAGCGCGAGCGCGAGAAGGUCUAUUGAUCGAAUAUGAGCAGUGCAGUGCAGUACGUGUGCGAGAU